AUGAAUUUCGUUUCUCUUUCUCUUUCUUUAUCGUCUUCUUUUUCCUACUCUUCUUUCUACGUUUUAUUCUACUUACUUCUGUUAUUCGUUCGUUUUUUUUUAAUCUCUCUUCAUCGUUCUCCUUUCCGCCUUCCAUAUUCUUCUUCGAGACAUUCCUUCUAUUCCUUCCUUCCUUCCUUUCUUCCUUCCUUCCUUCCUUAUUUCCUUCCUUCCUUCCUCCCUUCCUUCCUUUCUUUCUUUCUUCCUUAUUUCCUCCCUUCCUUCCUUCCUUCCUUCCUUCCUUCCUUCCUUUCUUCCUUCCUUCCUUCCUUCCUUCCUUCCUUCCUUUCUUUCUUUCUUCCUUAUUUCCUUCCUUCCUUCCUUCCUUCCUUCCUUUCUUCCUUUCUUUCUUUCCUUAUUUCCUUCCUUCCUUCCUUCCUUCCUUCCUUCCUUCCUUCCUUCCUUUCUUUCUUUCUUUCUUUCUUUCUUUCUUCCUUAUUUCCUUCCUUCCUUCCUUCCUUCCUUCCUUUGUUUCUUUCUCUUCCUCUUUUUUCCACUUUCUUCGUACCCUUCUCACUUCUUUCUUUCUUUAUUCUUUCUUCAUUUUACUUUCACCAACAAUGUCUGUUCUUCAUUUCUUUUUACACUUUCAUCAUCGAUCUCCCGUUACCACCAACCUUCCUUCUUCUUUUUCUCCUCCUCUUACUUCUUUAUAUUUAUUAUUAUUAG